AUGGGAUCAAAAAAUGUCACCCACCUUUUCCUCGUCAUCUUCCUUAUUUCAUCUCAGUUUUAUUGUUGUUUCUCUGCACAAACUUGGAUCAGAGCUGGUUACUGGUAUGUCGAUAGCGAGUCCCCGAUACCUGACAUAAAUUCUGCCUUGUUCACUCAUCUUAUUUGUGCCUAUGCUGAUCUAAAUUCCUCCACCUACCAGCUCUCCAUCCCUUCCUCUCAGGAGCCAUCCUUCUCCAGCUUCACCGGUAUCGUUAAGCGCAAAAACCCAUCAGUCAUAACACUCCUGUCCAUCUGGAAUGGACUAGCUGCAACAAAUCAAUCAAUUUUGGGUGAGAAAGCUAACUAUUCAGUCUUGUCCUCAAUGGCCAGCAAACCUUCCAACAGAAAGUCUUUCAUUGAGUCUUCAAUCAAAACAGCAAGGCUUUAUGGCUUUCAAGGUAUAGACUUGCUUUGGCUUUGGCCUAGGACAACCUCUGAUAUGAUCAACAUGGGAAAGCUAUUGGAUGAGUGGGGGGCUGCUGUGAAUUCUGAGUCAAGAAACUCUAGUGAUCAGUCACGCUUGAUAUUGACAAUGGCGGUUCGUUAUCUGCCUGCUUUCGAAUCAUUGAGUUACCCGAUUGAAUCUAUGAAGAGGAAUUUGGAUUGGGCACAUGUUGUGGCAUAUGACUAUCAUCUACCUGCUAAGGAGAAUAUUACUGGUGCUCAUGCUGCUUUAUAUGACCCGUCAAGCCAUGUUAACACCAACAAUGGUAUAAAGCAAUGGCUAAACAACUCAUUUCCUGCUAGCAAACUGGUUUUGGGUUUGCCUUACCAUGGCUAUGCGUGGACACUUGUGAACCCCAAAGAAAAUAAUGGAAUUGGGGCACCUGCAGCCGGAAAAGCUGAGACGAAAGAUGGAUCCAUGAGCUAUAAAUACAUCAAGUGGUACAUUAGAAGCUACGGAGUUCCCAUAUUGUAUAAUGCUACUUAUGUUGUGAAUUAUUGUAUCAUAGGAUCGAAUUGGAUUGGUUUUGAUGAUUUGGAAGCUGUCAGAACUAAGAUUGCAUAUGUCAAGGAGAAGAAGCUACUUGGUACCAUUGUGUUUCAAGUCAACAAUGAUGACGAUUGGGCGCUUUCUCGGGCAGUUCAAGAGGAAGAAAAUGAUCAAGAAAACAAGCGGCGGUUAUUGCUUAUAGUUUUGCUUCCAAUUACUUUGAUCAUAAUCCUCAUAGCCUUCGUGGUGUGUUACUUACAAAGAAAAUUGUUGAAGACAAAAGGGAUGAUUAUUCUUGGGAAUUCAAGGUCUACUAAUACAUCAGAUCUUAACAGUGAUCCUCCAACUCUGCAAGCAUUCAGCUUUUCCAAUAUCAAAGCAGCAACAAAUAACUUCUCAAGUGAAAACAAGCUUGGAGAGGGAGGGUUUGGUCCUGUUUACAUGGGUAAAUUGCGAGGAGGACAGGAAAUCGCAGUGAAAAGACUUUCAAAAACGUCAACUCAAGGACUUGAGGAAUUUAGAAAUGAGGUUACACUUACUGCAAGACUACAACAUGUAAAUCUAGUUCGAGUUCUUGGAUUUUGCACUGAGAAGGAAGAAAAAAUGCUGAUCUACGAGCACAUGCCCAACAAAAGCUUGGACUUCUACCUUUUUGAUCCUAUCAGACGGUAUCUUCUAGACUGGACAAAGCGUGUGCACAUCAUUGAAGGGGUUACCCAAGGACUCCUAUAUCUUCAAGAAUACUCCAAUUUUACAAUUAUUCACCGAGAUCUGAAAGGUAGCAACAUUUUACUUGACCACGAAAUGAAUGCUAAGAUAUCAGAUUUUGGAAUGGCUAAACUUUUCAGAAAAGAUGAACUUGAAGCGAACACAAGCCGGAUUGUUGGAACAUAUGGCUAUGUUCCUCCUGAAUAUGUAAGAAAAGGUAUAUACUCUACGAAGUACGACGUCUACAGCUUUGGGGUUCUACUUUUACAAAUGAUUAGUGGAAGGAGGAGCACAUGUUACUAUGGUCCGGACGAAAACUUGCACCUCUUGCAAUAUGCAUAUCAAUCAUGGAAAGAGGACAAAGGAAGAGAAUUUAUUGAUCCAUUACUGGAUGAUUCUUCUUCUUCUUGUAAAUUAUCGAGAUGCUUGCAAGUAGCUCUAUUAUGUGUCCAGGAAAAUCCGGAGGAUAGGCCUACAAUGUUGGAAGUUUGUUCCAUGCUCAAAACUGAUACCGAACCCAUUCCCACUCCUACAAAGAUGGCUUUCUCAGGAAAUAGAAGUAUGGAAAACAUAUCUACAUCGCAGAAAGGAAGUUGUUCAAUUAAUGAUGCAGAAAUUUCCGAAUUGCAACCCCGAUGA